ACCAGAGACUAGCCGCUCAUACCGGUGCACUCGAACCGAUUGUGUGUCAAAGUUCAGUACAGUUAAUGAUAAAUAAACAAGUGCUAUCAACGCUGCCGAUUACAAAACUAUCCUGUCACCAGGAGAAUAGCUGGUAUACGGAUAACGUCGCAGUGUGUGAAACUGAUCAACGGAAGAACACGCUCCCAUAGAUGGCUGUCAGCACCCUGAACAUGGCACCUUACUUCACUGGAUAUCCAUUCCAAGGACAGGGUCGAGUCAAUCAGCUCGGUGGGGUCUUCAUCAACGGUCGGCCACUGCCCAAUCACAUACGUCUCAAGAUCGUCGAGAUGGCUGCCGCAGGCGUCAGGCCCUGCGUUAUAUCGAGACAGCUCCGCGUCUCUCACGGAUGCGUUUCGAAAAUUCUCAACCGGUACCAGGAGACGGGGUCCAUCAGGCCCGGCGUCAUCGGAGGCAGCAAACCGCGCGUCGCGACUCCAGAGGUCGAGGCAAGGAUCGAAGACCUCAAACGUCAGAACCCCGGAAUCUUCAGCUGGGAAAUUCGGGACAAACUGAUCAAGGACAAGGUAUUAACUUGUCCAACGUGGUUCUGCCAGCAGGACGGAGUUUGCGACAAGGCAUCCGCGCCUUCCGUAUCCAGCAUAUCCCGGCUUCUUCGAGGACCCACCAAUCAGACCAGACCUGGAGAUGAUCCUCGGCGAAAUCACUCGAUAGAUGGAAUCCUCGGCGGCAGCAGUGGCGACGAUUCGGACACCGAAAGUGAGCCUGGAAUCGCGCUGAAGAGGAAGCAGCGCCGAAGUCGAACAACUUUCACGGGGGAGCAGCUCGAGCAGUUGGAAGCCGCCUUUCACCGGACCCAGUACCCUGAUGUCUACACGAGGGAAGAACUGGCCCAAAAAACCAAGCUUACUGAAGCCCGCGUUCAGGUCUGGUUCAGCAACCGGAGGGCCCGACUGCGAAAGCAGCUCAACAGCCAGCAGCUGAACGCGUUCAACAGCAUGGGCCUGCAGUCCUUCCAAAGCCAGCACUACGCUACCGGCGCGGAAGGCUACCAGAGUUAUGGGCAAGCCUCGGCUGCGAGCACCGGAGGCUACACACAGCAUUACAACUACGGCGAAAACUAUUACGCCGCAGCGCAACAACAGUGGCCUCGAACCAGCGCCGAGAACUACGGGCUGUUCAACACCUCGCACUACGGUGGCGGGAACUUGACCUCGGCAAACCUGAACCUCGGCACCCUCAGCGGUGGCGUAAGUCCCACCGCCUCUAACAUGAGCGCCUGCAUGGUCCAGGGUGCCGCCGCUGGCGUUCCACCCUCCGGAAUGGCCCAUCACGUCACUCCUCACAGUCCGAGCGAGGCAAAAAGCGGAUAUCCUUACCUCGGAGGCAUCGAGUCACAAGUUUGUGGCAGAGUUCAUUGAACUGAUUGAGUUAACAAACGAUUUUCGAAUCCGCUUUUGCGGCGGCUUGUACAGCAAAUGCGUUUUCAGCGAUUUUUUUUACGUGCUGAUGUACAUACAUGGAUGUUAUAUUAUAUUUUAUGCUCAUCAGACAACAGCGAUUUAUUGGUGCAUGUAAGUAGUACUUUUUGUAUUUUUUUUUUAUUCUCUUCGUUCUUUUAGAUAUAUUUAGAUCGGGUUUACCUAUUCAUCGCAAUUCGUCCAUUUCCCAGUGACGUUAUAUUAUACUGAUUAAUAAAUUAUUUAUCAUAUGUAUACAAUCUCAUUAUAU